CCUGGCUCCUGGGGGCGAGGCUGGCCCGUCCAUCGGGCUCCCGGCGGCGCCUGCGGGGCUGCCUGCGCCUCCUGCCUCCCCCGGGGGCUGAGCCCUCUCGCGUCGGGCUCCGCUCCACUUUUCCAGCUGGUACAAAAACCACAAGUGGACUGGAAGAAGCAUGAGUCAUCCCAAAGAAGAAUCUCCUAUGGCAACUGCACAAGUCUUGACCUCUUCUCCAAAGGAAAAACGGAAGGUCCCCAAGGAUCUUCCUGCUUCUGAAGAACCAUUUGGAAACGGCAUCAAGAGUAAAGUUCCUCCCAAAGAAGCAGAUGUCUGCCCACUGUCCAGAAGAUCUACCCAGAUGAAGCCUUACAAGGGCAAGGAGCACAGGAUGACCAUUCGUGGUGAAAUUGGGCUAGGAAAACCCUUGAAAGGACACUCCAAGGACAGGAGCUUUAAGUGUGUGGUUUGUGAGAAGAGCUUCAGCAAAAAAUCCUUCCUCUUAAUACACCAAUGGAGACACACAAAUUCAAAGCGUUCGGCAUACGCUGCAUAUAGGGAGACCUUUGCCCAGACAGAACAGCUUCCAAUCUGUAGUAAAAGCCAACUGCUGAAGACGGCCAGUAAUGUCAAAAGCCACAUUAGAAAGCAGAGAGAAGAGGGAACGUACAGCCAUUCAAAGGGCAUGAAGCUAUUUUUUCUUCGCGAAGAUUUCGCGAAGCUUCAGAUAAGCCAUUCGCCAUCAGCGCCAAGCAAACCUCAAGCAGGUCUAGAACAUCCUUCGGUAAACCAGGAAGGUAGAGCAGACGAGAUGAGAAGGGAUCAGUCUGAAUUCCUGCUUGAGGAAUUCACCAAGAUGAGGCAGAACUUUGACCAGCUUAUCCUCAACCAACAAGCUCAGCUCCAAGUUUUGCAGGGAAUUCAGAAGCAACUGGACAUUCUUCUGCCUGGAAAUGAUUUAAUCAAUUUCAAUGUAUGCAGCCUCGCUUGCCUGUGGAGCCAAUCGGCCGCAGCAACAAGAUCCGUCUCUUUUCCUUUCUUUUUCAAUCCCAGGAAUCUCCUUCCAGGAAGUACCCCUCAUUUUUCUUCUUAGAUAUCUUCGUAGUCCAAUAUAAAGUGCCCUGCUCCCUGCGGUCCUGAUGAGCCUCAGGGUUUUUUUAAAAUUUGUCGAACAUUUCCUCUUGACCUUUUUGAACAAAUUUAACAGUAUGUCUACAGCCCAGCCUAAAUAUCUUUUUAAUGAAAUUUGCUUGGCAGAUUCAACUAUUGUAUCUGUUCCCAAAGUUUAACCCAGAAUUCCUUUGCAUUAUAUGACUAUCUUGUUUCGUUUAGACAUAAUUAUCAUAAGAUUGUUCCAUCUGUCUUUGUGCUUAGAGUUGAAUCACAGAGUUUUUGUUUUAGAUUUCUUUACAUCAGUGGAAAAAACAUUCUGUAACAUUAAGUUGUAAAAAGAUCUGUUCUAACACACAACUAACUAACAGAUCUGUUAGUUUUUAAAUUCAGGUUUAAGGAGUGGUCUGUGUUGAUAGUCACUGAUUUUAGCAUCUCUCAUGAUGACCUUGUCCUUAGAAGAGAAGUUAUCCCAGCAAGGUGGGAACCCUGGCCCACUCAUUUCAAGAUGUACAGCUGGCUAAUGUUAUGUUUAAUAGAUCAAAUCUUAUUCAGGUCCAGUUUCCCAGUUUGCUUGCAGUCUUGAAAGAAUGAGCUUCAGGGAAGAACUCCGACGUUAUUUGCUUGUAUUUUUAACCUGUGUUUUUUAGCAUUUCUUCAUUUGAGAAGACAUGCUUUCCCUUAAAAAUAUCGCUUAACCUCUUUUAUAUUUUAUGUAUCCUUGAUAGGCAUCUGGUUAAGUAGUUUGUGAAGCUGUGAUAGAGGCUUCUAUUAUAUUAUAGUCUUUUACCCUUGUUAAGAACAGAGUACAAAUUCCUGAUUAGGUUUGAC